AUGCCUCCUCUUACUCCCGACCAGCUAUCUACCGCAGCUGCCACCUGUCUGCAGCUACAGGCUACCGCACAAGACAUCCACGACAAGCGACCAUUUGUGGCUCUUCUCUUUGCCCCAGAUAACUCCACCACGCUGCUAUCAUCACUAUCACUCUCGCAUGUCCGUCACGCAGAGUGCGAGUUAGCGCGUAAUGCAGCGGAUAACUUCUCCUGGGAAUAUCUGGCCGACUGCACGAUGGUGUCUAGCUGGGAACCAUGUGCCAUGUGCGCGGGGACCAUCUACUGGGCGCAUAUCGGCCGAUUGGUCUAUCUAGCCUCGGAAAGCGCCCUACGUGAGGUCAUCGGACCCGCGAAUCCGGAGAAUAUGACAAUGGAUCUACCCUGUCGGAAUGUGUUUGCACGUGGACAGAGCCCGGUCGAGGUGAUCGGUCCAGUGGCGGAGUGGGAGGAGCGGAUUGUGCACGAUAGUCGUCGAUAUUGGGACCGACAUAGACCCUAG